GAAGUACACUAAGACCGGGCAGUCAAGAGAUAAUAAACAUGCCAUUUUUCUGCAUUGCUGAUAGCAUGUGAAUUGACACUCCCGAUCCCGCAAUCCUCUGAUCCUGGGCCAGAGCCUCAACACUCGUAAGCACUGGAUGCAAUUGGCCUUACCGGCUUAUAUAGACUAUUACCUGCUAUUCCAAUACUCUUAGUGGUAUUCUCGCUAAUUCCGACCCAAACACCGCCAUCAUGUUCUCCCCAUCACCUCAAACCCUCGGCAUCGUCGUCGCCGUCUUUGUCGUAGCCACUCUUCUCAUCCGCCGCGCCCUCCUCCCCAAGCCCAUCCCCGGCAUCGUCUACCGCGAAGCCAACGCCAAAAAGAUCCUCGGCAACGCCUGGGAACUCUUACAAUGGAAGAAGAAGCACGGUGAAAUGUUUGGCUAUCUCGCCAAUCUCGCCGUCGAACUCAACGAACCCGUCUUUCAGAUCUUUGUGCACCCGCUCGGCAAACCAUGGGUCAUCGUCGCAGAUAAUCGCGAGGCUUUUGACAUCUUGUCGAGGAGGACACCGAAGGAGUUUGAUCGUUCGAGAUUCUUGAGGAGUUUGUUCAUGCCGCUUGUGCCGGAGUUCCACUUCCAUAUGCCGACUGGUGAUCGGUGGAAAGCCCAUCGGAAGUUGGUGGCUGAUACCAUGUCGCCUGCGUUUCUGGGCGGUGUCGCUGGGCCGCAGAUGUGGAAGUCUACUAUGAAGCUGAUUGAUCUUUGGAGGGUUAAAGAGCGAUUGGCCAAGGGUCGUCCGUUUUCUGUCUCGACGGAUAUUCGCAAGGCGGCUUUUGAGAUCAUCUGGGCUGCUACCUUUGGCUUUGACUCUGGCUCAACAAACGCGCAGACUGAGCUACUCGAGACACUGCCCGAGUUCACCAACCUGGGUGACAUGGACCAUGAAGUCGAAUUCCCCGUCGCACCUGAUCCUCCCGUCUUCAAAGCCGGUCUCGCUCUCAACGACGCCAUGAACAUCGGCGUACAAUCACUUGUACCCGGACUGCAUUUGUGGUUGGCCUACAACCUAAUGCCAUCUCUACGUGCCGCCCGAAGCCUCAAAGAAGCUGUUAUCCAAGACGAAAUCAAGAAAGCGAUCAACAAAUUCUCCAAUCAGACUGAUCUCAACUGGGAAGAUCAAGGUAAUCUGAAGCGACACAUGAAGAGUGCCGUCGAUAUUGUCAUCGCUCGAGAGAUUGACAGCGCACGAAAGGAGGGCCGCACGCCCGAGUUGAUGAGUCGCACCGUCCAAGAUGAGCUUUUCAGCUUCAUGCUUGCUGGAAACGAGAUCUUCACUCUCACUGCCUGGACCCUCAAGUUCCUCACUACGCAUCAGAAUGUUCAGAAGAAGGUGCGCGAGGAACUCAGAGAGCAAUGCGGUGUCGCUGUUGAGAGAGGCGACGCACCAACUGUUUCGGAGAUCAUGUCUGCGAGACUUCCGUACUUCGAGGCUAUGAUUGAAGAGUCUACGCGAUGUGGUUCAGUUACCCAGACUAACAUCCGCACGACGAUGCAGGAUGUUAAUAUACUGGGUCAUAUGGUCCCCAAGCACACAGAGAUUUUAAUGCUGAACAAUGGACCUGGAAGUUUCAUGCCUCCACUGACUGUUGACGAGGAGAAGAGAUCAGAAAGUUCAAAGGGCACAGCUGGUAAGAUCGGACAAUGGAACGUCAAGGGCAUGAGAGACUUUGACCCAGAGAGAUGGCUCGUCAAAGAUGAAGAGGGUCGAUUGACGUUCAAUCCUUCUGCUGGACCACGACAUUCAUUCGGUGCUGGUCCCAGGGCCUGUUUUGGUCGUAAAUGGGCUGCGCUGGAGGUCAAGAUCAUGAUGGCGCUUAUUGUUUGGCACUUUAAUCUGGAGCAGACGCCAAAGCCGCUGUCGAGCUUUAAGCCGUUCCCUGGUGUUGCGCAUAGACCGGAGAUGAUAUACUUGCGUUUAUCGAAUGUUUAGAAGAGUAAAUUGGUAGAUUAGGGUGAACAAUGCUGCGAAAGGACAUUGAAGGUCGUCGCAAUUGCAAUCAUGUUGAUUACAGUGAUCAAGUUACAGUGACGAGAAUAGAAUUAGAUUGACAUCCUCAGCGGGGUCAAACCACUGCAUUGUGGUGUUACAGUGAGCUUAGGCCAUGUUCUUCAGCGGGCUUCGUCAUAUAGGGACGCUCUGCAGUGGAAUCCUUAAGUCAUUCUGCAUUCUAAGUUAGUCGCUGC